UGGGAUCCAAUUGGAUACUAUUGUUCCAAGAUUUAAGGCCAAACUAUACCGUCAUCCCAGGGUAGUGUUUAAUUGACAACAGGCUAGGUUGAGCUUGCAUUUCUCAACUUGCUCGUGAACAGUUAGGAUAUCGAGCAGCAGAUUGAAGAUGACCCUUCUCGACCUAAAUACUCCUAUCGAUAGUGUGGAGGAGGCCGCAUUUGACGGACACGAAUCUUCGACCUUCACUUUCGGCGUAUGGCGAGUGGAGAACAUUCACAUGAAGAUCCUUGUCCCAAGUGUAGCCGCAGGAGCUAUCAUAGGCAAGGGAGGAGAAACAAUUGCCCAGGUUCAAAAAGAUGCCGGUGCCCGUGUCAAAAUGUCCAAAGCUAAUGAUUUUUACCCAGCUACAACGGAAAGAGUGUGUUUAAUAAUGGGUUCCGUAGAUUCAGUUAGGAAGGUUCACAAUUUUAUCAUGGAAAAAAUACGGGAAAAACCUGAUCCAAAUCCAAAACUUGAUGGUGAAGCCAAAAGUAAUUUUGAAAGGCAUAAACAGUUUGAUUCUUUUCAGGUGAAGAUCUUAGUACCAAAUAGCACAGCUGGGAUGAUCAUUGGCAAAGGAGGCAACUUCAUCAAGCAAAUCAAGGAGGAGAGCGGGGCAUACGUCCAAAUAUCACAGAAAUCCAAGGAAACCAAUUUGCCCGAGCGCUGUGUAACAGUAGCAGGUGAUAUGGAGUCCAAUAAGAAGGCUGUGGAGCUUAUAUUACAGAAAAUUGUUGAAGAUCCUCAAAGUGGUAGUUGUCCAAAUAUAAGCUAUGCGGAUUACACGGGCCCGGUAGCCAGCGCCAACCCAACUGGUUCACCUUUCGCUAAUAUUGCCAGCCAGUACAAUCAAAACCGUGGUAUGGAACUGGGCAUGGCGGCAAGCAACCUCCCCAAUAACUUUAAUGCGAGCAACUUUACAGGGGCAUCCAUUGCGGGAUUCAGUGGAAUGAAUGCCAACAAUGGUGCGUUUGGUUUAAACAAUAGUAUAGGAAGUGGAAUGACUAAUCUGAACCUGAAUAGUGCCAUGUCGGGCAGCAUGAGCAGUUCGGCCUUGGAUAACCUCAAAGCUACUCUCCGCAACCAGGGCUACUCGGAACAGGCCACAGACGAGAUCAGCCUAGCCAUGAACACCCUGGCCAGCUACGGCAUUCUGGGAAUGGGUUUAGGUAUCGGCAAUGUCGGCCCCAUGUCUAAUUUAUCAAACCUGGGUGCCAGCAAUACGAGCCUGGGCAACCUGAACCUGGGAGCGUCGCCUUUAGGUCCUACGAGUAUUAUAUCGAAUACGACAACCAAUACGAAUAGCAGUGUGAGCAGCUCGUUCCUGGGCACUACCACAGCCACAGGCACCGGGGGCAGUCUGUUUGGACCAGUAGGCAGUGGCUCCUCCGGCCUCGGCAGCUCCGGGUCUACCGGAGCUAGCUCCAGUCUCUUUGGCAAUUCUUCUCCCAGCCUACAGGGUAGUGAUCGUUUCGGGGGCAGCCCCAUGCUGAAUGAUUCUUUUGGAAGUAGCAACUACACCAGCCCGACCGGCCUCCCCAAUACUUGUGCAGGAUUCGGCAGUGAGCGUUCGCCCAGUGUGAGUGUCAAUCUUAACCAAAAUUCUUUCGGUCUAGGAACGGCGAUCGCCUCUCCGUACGCUGCCUCUGCGGAGGAGAAGUCAAGCGUGGCCAGCAAACGUGAGAUCGAGGUCGCUGAAAACAUAGUGGGUGCCAUUUUAGGGCCAGGAGGUAAAGGCAUUGUAGAACUGCAACAGCUGACCAGCACCAAUAUUCAGAUCUCUAAGAAAGGUGUGUGGGUGCCGGGCACCCGUAACCGAGUGGUCACCAUCACUGGCUCAGCUAACAGCAUCGGGCAAGCCCACUAUUUGAUUAAUCAGCGGAUACAGCAAGAGGAAGUGAAGAGGGCUCGUCAAGGAGCCACACGCUAGCCCCUCUCCUCACCAUCUUAGUACGUAUUGUUUAACCAAUUUGAAAUUUUAAUAUGCUAUAGUCAACAAAGAAACCCAAGACAUCUGUGACGUUUUAUUUUCAGUUUUCACCUGCAUAAUGGCACAGAAUGUGAUCUAUCUCUGUUUUUUUUCAAGUUUGUCCUGCAUUCUGCAUACAUUAGGAUCAUUCAGUCAAGACGGACUCUUGAUGCCCCACGGAUAUGUCGUACAGUCAUGAGGUCAUAGUGCAUGCUGUAAAUAAUCAAUAU